CGGAGCCGGCCCGCCCGGAUCCCGGCAAAUAGCGGCAAAUGCUCUACGAUGCAACGUCCACUGACUAUGCAAGAAAUCCGCGCUAUAGCCGACAAAGACACAAUGGGGAAGCUGCAUGCUAUCAUGAAAGCUCAUCGAGAUCGUCGCAAUCUAAUCCAGCAACGCCAUAUCAGGAAGAAGAAGAAAAAGAUGCAAGAUCUCGUGGACUCCAUUCCAAAACUUCGAAAUGAGAUCGAGCAGCUCCAACUCCAGCGCUUCACCUUGAGGGAGCGAUUGCCGAAAGAGUCAGCAUGGUUCGUUGCGGUCGAGUACUUCCGCGUCCUCCAGUACGGGUUAUCUGGUCUAGAAGCAGCACAGGAGCGUUUUUUAAAUUUCUUGAGCGCAAGCAUGGCACCAGACAUCGAAACAGGAAACGCCUCAGGCCUCCAGGAUCUUGUGAGAAGCUGGAAGAUUUUCACGCUGGCAUUCCCCGAUUGCCAUAUCCAGCUGCAGGGUCUGAAACAAUUGACACGUGGUGCUCUCGUUGCUACAACCAGUACGAGAGUCACUCUUACCCAUCACACGCUUCAGUACUUAUUCCGGAGCCUGGCAGAUGACAACAAGACUCUGAGUAAGCGUCGGAAAGAGAUCGUCGCGAAAGUAGUGGAUCAGCACAUUGUCAUGCGCGGAUCGGUACGCUUCGACUGGGAUGAGACGACCAAGCGCGUGGUCGGGUUACACUCCCACACUGAUAUGUUGACUCCGAUGCUGAAUCUUCUGGGCAGCUUAGAAGACGUUUCGUUGGUUUUUAGUCAUGCUGCCAUCACUUUGGACGGAACUUUCAUCCCCAUUAAACCACCUAGCGAAUAA